AUGCGAGUUGCCCUAUCUAAGCAUUCUCGAUUUGUCAAACAACAACUUCAGUGGUUCAAUCCCUCUUUGUAUGGGAAAUCUCACACUACUCUUACAGAUCUAAACCUUCGCCAGAAUCGUCUUAGUGGUGGUCUUCCGGAGAAUGUCUUUGAAAAUCUAAGAUCACUGGAUGUCGGUCAUAACCAGUUGGCGGGAAAGCUUCCAAGAUCCUUGAUCCAUUUCUCCAAUCUUGAAGUUUUUAAUGUGGAAAGCAACAGAAUCAACGACACUUUUCCCUUCUGGAUGAAUUCUCUUCAGAAACUGCAAGUUCUAGUCUUACGCUCAAACGCAUUCCAUGGACCCAUACAUCAAGCCUCGUUUCUUAAGAUGAAAAUCAUCGACAUAUCCCAUAACCACCUCAUCGGAACUUUGCCAGCAGAUUACUUUUUGAACUGGAGUGCCAUGUCAUCACUUGAAGUUAGGAUGAACGAAGAUCAGUCGACUGAACCUUACAUGGGAGAUAAAUCAGGUUAUUACCAGGAUUCAAUGGUUUUGGUAAACAGAGGUGUAGAGUUGGAGCUGGUACGUAUCUUAAAAAUCUACACAGCAAUUGACUUCUCCGGAAACAGAUUCGAAGGAGAGAUUCCAAGUUCCAUCGGCCUAUUGAAAGAGCUUCAUGUGCUCAACUUGUCAAAUAAUGCUUUCACUGGGAACAUCCCAUCAUCUAUGGGGAAUCUAACAGCUCUCGAGUCACUGGACGUUUCCCGAAACAGGCUCUCAGGAGAAAUUCCACAGGAGUUAGGGAAUCUCUCGUCCCUGGCGUACAUGAACUUCUCUCAUAACCAGCUUAGAGGUCUCGUACCGGGAGGCACUCAAUUUGGAACACAAAACUGCUCAUCUUUUGAGUACAACUCAGGACUUUUUGGCUCUUCUCUUGACGACGUUUGCAAAGAUAUCCACAUUCCAGCAACGCAACAGGAUGAGACACCAGAGGCAGAGGAAGAAGAUGAAGAUGAAGAAGAGGUGUUUAGUUGGAUUGCAGCUGCCAUAGGAUUUGGACCUGGUAUUGUGCUUGGAUUGACGAUUGGAUACGUAUUGGUUAUUUUCAAACCAGAGUGGUUCACGAAUCCUUUUGGCCGAAUCAAACACAGAAGCAGAAGCACCACUACUCAUUAG